AUGACGUCCACCGGGGGAGGCCCUCAGGGGCAGCGCCCACUGUCAGGCUCGAGUCUGCCCGGCAACGUCCAGUGCAACGAGGAAUUCCCCGAGUUUUGUUUACACGACCACUCGGCCGGCACCAAAUCCACCACCGGCAGCCACACCUCUACAUCUUCACCCGCCUCCACGACCCCGACCACACCGACCAACACCGAGCACUCGACUCCAGAAAAGUCCUCCCCCGACUCGCGUUUCCGUACAAACAGCUCCGCCAGCACCACCCCGAGCCCGCGAAGCCGACGAGACAAAAAGGAGUUGCAUGCGCAGCGCCUGCAGAGAUCUGGAAGCAGCAGCCUCGCAUUAACUCGCAAGGAGAGCGUCGCCAAGAAGAACCGAUUCCGCUCUGCCACCGGAUCCUCCCCCGCCGAUGCCCUCGCUGCCAUUGAGCCGCCGCAUGACCAGGGCUUGACGAGAAUGGCGUUUGCUGAACAGCAGAAAUGGAUCACGGUCCAGCAAAAGACCUUUACCAAAUGGUACGAGCCGGACCCCACCCCGAGAAAAAGGACCCUGGUUCUGCUCAAUACCAAGUUGGAGGCUCGUUCACUCGAAGUCAAGGAUCUCGUGCGUGAUCUCAGCGAUGGUGUUAUCCUCAUCCACUUGCUAGAAAGCCUGUCCAACGAUACACUGGGACGCUACGCGGCGAAGCCGAAGCUUCGUGUUCAACGAUUCGAAAAUGUCAACACCGGUCUGGAUUUCAUCAAGUCCAGGGGCAUUCAGAUGACCAACAUCGGUGCCGAGGAUGUCGUCGACGGUAACCAGAAGAUCAUCCUUGGUCUGAUCUGGACACUCAUUCUGCGGUUCACGAUCAGUGACAUCAACGAGGAGGGUAUGACAGCCAAGGAGGGCUUGCUCCUGUGGUGUCAAAGAAAAACAGCUUGCUACGACGAGGUGGAGGUCCGCGACUUCAGCGGCAGCUGGAACGACGGACUCGCCUUUUGCGCCCUGCUCGAUAUCCACAGACCAGACCUCAUCGACUACGACGCCCUCGACAAGUCGGACCGUCGGGGAAACAUGCAGAUGGCUUUCGAUAUCGCGCAUAAGGAGAUUGGUAUUCCUAAGCUGCUGGAUGUUGAGGAUGUGUGUGACGUUGCCAAGCCCGAUGAGAGGUCACUCAUGACCUAUAUCGCCUACUGGUUCCACGCCUUCUCUCAGAUGGAGAAGGUCGAGAAUGCGGGACGUCGCGUGGAGAAGUUUGUCAACAACAUGGCUGGCGCUUGGGAGAUGCAGAGCGCGUAUGAGAGGCGCAUGAGAGAGCUUCUGAGGCAGAUCAGGGAGCAGGUUGAGAAGUGGCAGCAGGCUACAUUCCAAGGAACGUACGCCGAUGCCAAAGCCCAAGCCAACGAGUUCGCGGCGUUCAAGAGGGGCAAGAAGAGAGACUGGGUUGCCGAGAAGAGCGAGCUCGCCACCCUGUUGGGCAACAUCAAGACGAAGCUGGGCACGUACAGGCUGCGGCCGUAUGACCCCCCACCAGAGUUGUCGCUGGAGACGAUGGAGAAGGAAUGGUCGACUCUGGCGCAGACGGAGAUGAGGCGAGCACAGCUGAUCAACGAGACCAUCAGAGACAUCAAGAACGCCCUCCGCAAAUCUUUCGCCGACAAGGCCAACGACUUUGCCAUGGCUCUAAAUACCAUGCAAUUGGCAAUCUCAGGUCUGGACGGUGAUGUCGAGGACCAACUGCAUCACGUCCGCAAGCUCAGCGACAACCUCCCCCCUCUCGAUAAGUAUCUUGACACUAUUGCUGCAGUGGACGCCAAGUGCCAGGAGGCCAACAUUGAGGAGAAUGACUUCACCACUUACACCUACGAUGAGUUGGUCUAUGAGCACAGUCUAGUCAAGUCCUCAGUGCAGAAGAAGCUUUCCUUCCUCGACAACCAGAUGGUCGCCCGCAACAUGACCAACCUGACACCCAUCCAGCUUGAGGAGUUCGAGUCUGUCUUCCGCCACUUUGACCGGGACGACACCAACUCACUCCAGGAACUUGAAUUCAGCGCCGCCCUUGCCUCCCUUGGCCUCGUCUUCUCUGAGGAUGAGAUGCACGACUACUUCAUGGAUACCUCAAAGGGCCGCGACCACGUCACUUUCGAGCAGUUCAUCCGCUUCAUGGUUGACGUGACCGAGGAUCAAAACACCGCCGAGCAGGUAUUCCAGUCCUUCCGUGAGGUAGCCGACGGCAAGCCCUACGUUACUGAGAUGGAUCUCCGCCACUCCCUGGUACCCGACGAGGUCAUCGACAAGCUCAUUGAGAUCAUCCCACCGCACAACGGGCCAGACACCUCCGAGGACCGCGGCAUGCCGCAGUACGACUACAUCGCCUUCAUGGAGAAGAUGAUCAACGACGAGAAGGAGGCUGGCAAUGUGCCCAUCGGCGUGCUCCAGGAGCGCACCAACCGCGCGAGCACGGUGCCGCCCAAGGACCCCAAGUUGAACGGUAACCACUAA